AAGGUAGUGGACUCCUGAGUUGGUGGACAGGCGUCCCAUCCCGUUGUAUCGGCGCUCGUGGUGGACCAGAUUCGUUGGAUCCCUGUGGAGGCCGACAAUUCAGUGUCAUCAGCGUCCCACGGCCGGCUCUGCCGCGUCCGGUGGGAACCGGCAGGCUGCAGCGGCGAUAGUCCCUGCCGCCGUCGCCAUAAAAGGCGGACCGUGCCGCGGCGAGCCACUGCCUGUCGCCGUGUCCCACAGACCAUGGCUCGUCAGCUGGUGUUCCUGGCUCUGCUGGGCGCCGCGUGCGCCCAGUUCGACCCGCACAACGACCCCGACCGUCAGGCCAUGGUCCAUCUCUUCGAGUGGAAGUGGAACGACAUCGCCGCUGAGUGCGAGCGCUUCCUCGGACCCAAGGGUUACGCCGGCGUACAGAUCUCGCCGCCUCAUGAAUGCAUCCAGCAGUAUGGCCGGCCGUGGUGGGAGCGCUACCAGCCCGUCUCAUACAAGCUCGUCUCGCGCUCCGGUAACGAGGACGACUUCAAGGACAUGGUGCAGCGCUGCAACGCGGUCGGCGUGCGCAUCUACGUGGACGUCGUGGUCAACCACAUGACGGGCGGCGGCAGCGGCCAGGGUACCGGCGGCAGCAGCUACGACACCAACAGCGAGUCGUACCCGGGCGUGCCGUACGGCCGCAACGACUUCAACGACAACAACUGCCACAGCGGAGACGGCAACAUCGACAACUACCAGGACGCCAACCAGGUGCGCAACUGCCGCCUCAGCGGGCUGCGCGACCUCAACCAGGGCACCUCGUACGUGCGCGGCAAGAUCCAGGAGUACUUCAACCACCUGCUGAGCCUGGGCGUCGCCGGCUUCCGCGUGGACGCCGCCAAGCACAUGUGGCCCGGCGACCUGCAGGCCAUAUUCAGCGGCCUCCAGGUCAGCUCCGACCCCGUACAUCGGUUCAACCUGAGCGUCAGUGGCAGCAAUCCGUUCAUCGUCCAGGAGGUGAUUGACCACGGCGGCGAGCCCAUCAAGAACACCGACUACACCGGCCUUGGACGUGUCACCGAGUUCCAUCACUGCGACCACAUCAACAAUCUCUUCCGCAAGCGCGACAAGCUGGCCUACACCUCCAACUGGGGCACCGGCUGGGGCAUGCUGCCCGACGACCAGGCGCUGGUGUUCGUCGACAACCACGACAACCAGCGCGGCGACGGCGGCGGCAGCGUCAUCACCUACAAGGAGGCGCGCCUCUACAAGAUGGCGCAGGCGUUUGUCAUGGCGCAGCCUUACGCGUUCCCGCGCAUCAUGAGCAGCUACGCAUUCGACUCGCACGACCAGGGCCCGCCGCAGGACGGCUCUGGCCACAUCACCAGUCCCACCAUCAACGCCGACGACUCGUGCGGCGGCGGCUGGGUGUGCGAGCACCGCUGGCGACAGAUCUACAACAUGGUCGGCUUCCGCAACGCCGCCCACGGCGCCGCCAUGUCCAACUUCUGGAGCAAUGGCGACCAGCAGAUCGCCUUCGCGCGCUCCGGCAAGGCCUUCAUCGCCAUCAACAACCAGGGCUAUGACCUGAACCAGAACCUGCAGACCACCCUGUCGGCCGGCAGCUACUGCGACGUCAUCUCGGGCAACAAGGAGAACGGCGGCUGCACCGGCAAGACCAUCACCGUCGGCGGCGACGGCAGGGCCUACAUCAGCAUCGGCGGAUCCGACGAGGACCCCAUGGUGGCCAUUCACGUCAACGCCAAGCUCUGAGCCCCCCCCCCCCCCCCUGUUCAAUCUGUCACCCCUUAGCCAUGUCAGCGGCUUGAAUCUUCGGCGGCGCCAUAGCUUGACAAUGCGGUGAAUAUAUUUUUUUGUUAAGCA